CCAGAGGCAUUACGAUUUUUAGUAAGAACUCUGAAAAAAUGGCAAAAAAUAUCGUAUCCAGCAAGACCUCAAAAGGUCAAAAAUCCUCACCGAAGAAAGGUGAAAAGAAAGCUAAGAAAUCCUCAAAAGGAAAAGGAACACAGCUUGGUAAAAAAGAUGAAGUUGAUCUUUCUAUGGCUAGUAUAGGCCACCCAGAAAUCUUUCCUUUAGUUUUCACUACAGAGACCCAAGAAAUUUUUAAUUGCCGAGUUGAUGAAGAUGUCACAGAAGAAAAUUGUUUCAAACUUAUUAAAAAAGAGGACAUAAUUCAGGACUUGAAAACAAGAGCUGCAAUUUCUGAUUUCCACCCUAUCAGAAAAGUUGUCCUAGAAUAUCCAGGUGAAGAACUUUUGGUGGUUUUUGAUGCAAAGCUCCAGUACGGACAAAGCUUUUACCUUGUUGCUUCUGAGGAAGCCAAGGAAAACCUUCUGAAGCCUCCAGAAACUGCAGAAGAAGAAAAGGAAGAUGAUGAAGAAGGAACUCUGGAAUUCCAUCCUUACAAGCCUCCUGUCCCCAAACCUUGGGUUUCUCUUGGUAGCGAAAAAGAGAUUGAAGAAGAAUCUGUUAAAGAGACUGUUCCAAAGAUUAAGUAUAUGAUUUCUCGAGUAUGCACGAAUUUUGGUGCACCAGUUGCCUUUACAGAUAGGAAUGCUUCACAAGUAGAAGGCAGUUAUGCUGAAUACACAUCCUACCAAGAGAAAGCUUUCAGUAUUCAAAUGCUUCUAAAAGAUGUGGGCAUACAAAUGGCUCCAAAAGUAAGAGAAGCCAGUACUCAGACGAAAUGGACCUAUCAAAAAAAUGCAGCCACACAGUAUUUUCCUAGACAGUUUUCAAAUGAAGAGAAAGAAGAAAGUCUGUCAUCUACAAAGUUGAAAGAAUUUCUUGCAUCGGUACAUUUAAGAAUGGAAAUUGCGCUGCAGCAAAAUGAAAUUAUGAAUGCUUUUUCUGAUGACUGGAAGGCCCUGGGAGGAGAAGAAAGGAGUUCUGAUGGCAUGCCAAAUGUUUAUCUUAAAGCGUACCAGUCAUUUACAGAUCUGCGCUAUCUCAAGGACAGAACUAUUAGCUGCGUUUGCUGGCAUCCAACCAAAUGGGGGAUUAUAGCAGUGUCAGCAAGAGAGCGUCUGUCUUAUGAAGAUCAAGUUAACCUGUCUGAUAAAGCAUUGCUGCAGGAAUCAGUAAUAGUUUUCUGGAGUAUUUUGGAUCCUAUUCACCCCCAGUUAAUGCUGGAGUGUCCUGAAGACAUUUACUGCUUUCAGUUCAGUCCACACGAUCCAAACAUCAUUGCUGGUGGCUGUAUCAAUGGACAGAUUGUACUGUGGGAUAUUUCUGAACAUGAAGAAAAGCUGCAAAAUGCAAAACCUGUUGCUGAUGAAGUCAAGACAACAGCUGCUAAUAUGGUGAAUACUUCCAUUCUAAAAAUAUUGCAGUACAUCUGUAUGUCUCCAUCGCUUAUGGAAGUCCAACAGAGUAGCACUGAGCCACCUCUAGUGAGAUACUGUGCGGUCUCUUCCAUACAGCAUAGCCAUAAAAAGCCAGUAAGAGAUAUACAUUGGCUGGUAGAUUAUUUUCAGGACAGCCAAAUCAAUGUUACUUUGGAAAACAGAGGUGAAAUGUGCAUGCAGCUUGUAACCUGCUCCCCUGACUGCUCAGUAUUGUUUUGGAAUAUUCCAGCCACCAUACUUCCUCAGAAACCUUCAACUGAGGAUGUAAAAGAGAAGGAAAAUUUCCGUAACCCCCUUGAUGUUCCAGACACUUCUGUGCAUCUAGAUCUCUGCUGGGAACCUCUCGUAAAGAUAAACCUGUGCGAAAGUGAUACCAACACAGAGGACGGUCCUGUCAGAAUUGUUUUAAGCGAACUGCAUUAUCAUUGCAAAACUGCAGAUAAGAGGAAACCUCGGAACGCACUACAGCUGCUCACCACAGAAAGGCCAUACACAGAGAUGAGUGCUUCAAAAACAAAAAAUGAAGUGCUAGAGAGUAUGUCCACUGGCUUUUUUGUUGGGACUGAAGGUGGGGAAAUUGUUUAUUCUGACUGGAAAGUGGAAACUGAUAGUGACUCAGCAAGAGCAGUUAGUCAGACAGACACUCAGAAAUACGCCAUCCACACGGAAACUAUCCACACUCUCCAGAGAUCUCCAUUUUUUAAAGACAUCAUUCUGAGCAUCGGAGGCCGGAACUUUGCCAUUUGGGAAGAGGGGGUUACAAAUGGACCGAUCCUUCAGUCCAGCUGCUCUGCAGGAAGAUACACGGCGGGACACUGGUCCUUAACAAGACCAGGAGUUUUCUUCAUUGGCAGAGAUGAUGGAAAUAUAGAUAUCUGGGACUUAGUGAAGAAAACUUACGAGCCAUCUCACUUCCAGAACAUCUCCAAAUCCAUGAUCACUUUCAUCAGCCCCUGGAUUGCCUCACCAAAGCAGCAUUUUUUAGCUGUUUCUGAUGAUCUCGGAGUACUGCAUGUUUUGGAAAUCUGUCAGACACUAAGUUACCCUUUGCAGAAUGAGCAUGCCAAGGCACUUGGUUGUUUUAGAGGAGAAGCCAAACAUCUGAAGUACUGCGAACAAGAGUUUCAAGAGUAUCAAGAAUUUAAUGCCAAACGAGAACUGAAAAAGAGCCGGAGGCACAGGAAGCAAACAGUACGUUAUUCUUGA